GAGCCGAUUCCUUCAAUACUGCAGCAGCCCGAUUGCUCGGAUAUGGACCCAGUCAACGCUGUCGGCAUAGCGGCGGCAGUGGUCCAGUUUGCUGACUUUGGCUUUCGCCUUGUAAAAAGUGCGUGGGAGCUGUAUAAGUCUCCCUCUGGCCAAGCAUCCGAAUACAUUGAACUAUCCGCCGUGUCUCAGGACCUCUCAAGCCUCGCUGAUGCCGUUAAAGCCAAGCUCGACGAGAGUCAAGGGUCAAUAGGAGAGGUUUUCACUCGUCUGUACCGCGAAUGCAAGGCAACCAACGAUGAGCUUCAGAGCAUCCUCAGCAAUCUCAGGGUAAAAGCUGGCUCCAACAAGAUAGAACUAGCUGCAGAUGGCUUGCGAGUUGCGUUCAGACAAGUUGCAGCCGCUGGUGACAUUGAAAAGCUGGCAGAUCGCUUGAGCCAGAUCCGCCAGCAGAUGGACGUGGGUCUGCUGUAUCUUUUAUUGGAUGAGGCUGGUAAAAAUGGCGUAGAGUUGCGCCAGUUUGCGAAGCAACAAGCAGAUAUGAUUGCUACUCUGGAUCGAAUCGACACCACUACCAAACAGUUCAGUACAGAUAUCAUUGAUCUCAUCGAUACGUGGCCAGUGAUUCACCAGACAGAGACUGAUGAGAUGGUGCGUUAUGUGCUCAACAAUAAGAAGUGGACAAGCAAAUAUGCAAAGCAAACGGUGUUUGACGAGUUUCGAGACGAUGGGAAACACAUAAAACUGUGUCAGAGUCUGUCCUUUGAGUCGAUAAGCCAUCGAGAGACGAGCAUUCCUAAGCGACACGCGGAAACUUUUGAGUGGAUUUUUCACGAGCCACGGAUAUCAGAUGAUGGCCACGCUCUCUGGUCAAGCUUUCCGCAGUGGUUGCAGACAGAGUCGCCAGACAUCUACUGGAUUACUGGUAAACCAGGUGCUGGAAAGUCCACACUGGUCAAAUUCAUCUCACGAGACCCGAGGUUUGAAGCUCUGCUACAGGAGUGGGCAGCAGAGUCUCAACUCCUCAUUAUUACCUUUUACUCUUGGACGGCGGGAGUGAGUAGGCUUCAGAAGUCUCAAGAAGGCCUUUUUAGAACCUUUUUAUUCGAGGCUAUCCAGAAGCGGCCUCAGCUUGCCAUUGACAUUUUCCCUGCGCGGUGGUUUCUUCUCCAAUCCUUCGGUGAAAGGAUUAAAUUGCCAGCUCUGACGAUGGAUGAGCUGAGGACUGGCUUUCGGAAUCUUUUAUCUGCAACCGGCAACGGACUGAAGCUAGCCCUUCUUAUUGACGGCUUAGAUGAAUUUGACGAGGACCGCCACGAGGACCACCGCGAUUUGAUUCAUCUUCUCCGUGAGGCCAAUGCCGAGACUGGGGUGAAAGUUUGCGCCAGCAGUCGACCAUGGAACAUCUUUAGAGACGAAUACGGACAAAACCCUAUGCUGCAACUCGAGAAUUUAACCCAAGAAGAUAUCAAGUCGUUCGUCCAGGAACAGCUCCAGCUCAGCCCAGGUUACCGCGACUUCGCCGACACCAACCAGCAAGCCGCUAGCAAGAUCAUCACAGACAUUGUGGACAAGUCACAAGGCGUCUUUCUAUGGGUAUCUGUUAUUUCGCGCUUGCUACUGAAUGCGCUCCGGGAUGGAACCGCCAUCUUGGAAUUGCAGGCUACGAUUGAUAAUGUCCCGGGCGAGGUUGCCGACUUGUUUCGUUACAUCUGGAACCGAACUAGCAACCGAUUUCGCGCCGAGGCAUCGCAGUACUUUAGACUCAUGAAACUUUGUCAGGAAUAUGGAAUUCAUCUAUUCGCUCUGACGUUGUGGUUUGGUGAUGCACAAUUUCCCGUUGAUUUCGAUGCUGCUUGUGUCACCAGCACCUAUCUGACGGGUGCCGUCAAAACGCUAGAACGAAAAGUGAUGAGCCGCACCGGAGGCUUGCUUGAACUUGUAUGUGACAAUGACGACCACAUCAAACCACCGAGAGAUGUUCGCGUGGAUUACAUGCACCGGACGGCAAACGAUUGGGUUAAUGAUAACUGGGCAAGCAUUACUUCGGUGGCAGAUCCUGGCUUUGACCCUUACUUCUGGUUCGUCAAGGGCCAAUCACUGAGCGCAGUCUUUACCACCAAGCCGAAUGAAAGCAAUGUUAAGUUUCUCGCACGCUGGAAGAUUGUCUUCACCAUCGCCUCACUCGUCUCGGAAACCCACCCGGACAUGGGGACCCUCGUGACUGCUCUUGAUCGCCUAGACCAGCACUUGGCCAGCCACACGCAUGUAUAUCAAGGCGGAGGCUACCACAAGGUGCAUCGUGGGAUAUUAUCGUCUGUGAGUGACACUCGAUAUGUCCGUGUGGAUUUAAUGCAGGAGAUGGGCAUUCCAGAGCUAGGUUGCGCCAGCUUCCUCGAAUUUGCUGCCCGAGUGCCUAUUCCUGCCUAUCUAAAAUACAAAACUCAAGAGAACCCCCUAGUAUUUUCAGCCGAAGGUAAUGACUACGAAAGAAUACUAGACAACGUAAUAUUUGGUGAGAUCUGGUUCAAUAAUCCCCAGACUCGGCUCGAGAUCUUGGACUUUUUGAUCCAGGAGAAGUAUUGCCGCUCCCUGGAAUUGCUCUGCAAAGCAAAGGACAAGGCAAGAUACUCUGCUAUCAGAGCCCCUGGAACUAUUUCUGACGAACACCCUUUGUAUGUCCACUUUAUGCGGGCCCACAACUUACUUGAAUCUCGGAUAUCCCAAGCUGCUGGUCUAGCUAGCCGGGACGGAGUAGCUGUUGGCGGUAGGCGUCACAAAAUGCUGAGGCCGAGAAUGAGAAACGGACUUCGGGUGUUCUUUAAGGAGACAUUUGGCCAAAAGCAGAGCUAAUGAAGGUGGUCCGGGAAGUCGAACAGUGAACUGAAGACAGACCUUUGGGGGACGAACCACUUCGAGUGUCGUGAGUCUCGUAUGAUAGAAUGGGUUUAGACGUACUUGAUGCAUAGAGAAACGGUAGAUACACAAGACUUGCAAUAUGUACAUAUAUCAUCGGGCUUUAUUGAACACAAGAAUCGGACCAAAGAAGAACUAGCGGCUUAUACACUCGACUUGCUGUAGGUGAGGAUUAAC